CGCCGCAUACCCGACGCGCUCUCGCCCCGGCGCUGGAAAUGAAGAGAGCGUGCACGCUGUCCCUCUGGCUCUGGAUCGGCAUCGUCUCGGAAGCAGAUUUAGUGAGUGGCUAUUCUAUGACCCCACCCACUCUCAGCAUCACAGAAGAGGAAUACGUGAUCAACGCCAAAGAUACAUUGAAUAUUACUUGCAGAGGACAGCAUCCCCUGGAGUGGUCGUGGCCUGGAAGCAAAGAAGACACUGUCCAGACCGGAAAGGAGAGCGAUUCAGUGGUGUUGGUGAGUCUCAACGGUAUCCGAACAGUCAAGGAAGAGGAUUGUGAGGGCACUGACACAAAGCCCUACUGCAAGACCUUGACACUGACAGGGACUCAGGCUAACAACACGGGCUACUACCGCUGUUACUACAAGUACAUCAACGCCAAAAUCGAGGGCACCACUGCAGUCAGCACCUAUGUGUUUGUGAGAGAUUUUGAGCAGCCGUUUAUCAAUAAACCAGAGACUCUUCUUAUCUACAAGAAGGAGAAUAUUUGCGUCCCAUGCCUGGUAUCCAUCCCGGACCUUAACAUCACGUUGCUCUCGACAACUUCUCCCAUCUACCCAGAUGGGAAGAGCAUUCUCUGGGACAACAAAAGAGGAAUGUUGGUUCCUACCCUACUGAUCAAGGAGUCUUUGUUUGUUCAGUGUGAAACUCUCAUUGAUAAGAAGAACUUCAAAUCCAGCUUCUUCCUUGUCCACAUUGCAGGAAAUGAACUUUAUGACAUUCAGCUGUCUCCAAGGAAAGCCAUGGAGCUGCUAGUGGGAGAAAAACUAGUUCUCAACUGCACAGUAUGGGCUGAGUUUAAUUCGGGAGUUGAUUUCCAGUGGGACUACCCUGCGAAAGAGAUGAAUCGGAAAGUCAUAGAACUGCCCGAGAGGCGCUCCCAGCAGACACACACUGAGCUGUCCAGCAUCCUGAUCAUCCAAAAUGUGAGCCAACAAGACCUGGGAAAAUAUACGUGCAAGGCUAGCAAUGGGGAGCAGGACUUGAAGGAGAGCAUAGAUGUCAUCGUACAUGAGAAGCCCUUCAUCAACGUGGAGUGGAGAAAGGGUCCAGUGAUUGAAGCGACAGCAGGAGAUGAAGUUGUGAAGCUGCCGGUGAAAGUGGUUGCAUACCCCCAGCCUGACUUCCAGUGGUUUAAGGAUGGAAGGUUAAUAUCCAACAGACAAUCUCAAUAUUCCCUGCAGAUCAAGGAUGUGGUAGAGCAGAACGCUGGCUUUUAUACAUUAGUUCUGAGGAAUGGGCCAGCUGGACUGGAGAAGAGCAUUCAUCUCCAGCUGGUGGUCAAUGUUCCUCCGCAAAUCCAUGAGAAAGAAGCAUCUUCACCAAAUAUUUAUUCUCGUAACAGCCGGCAGCUACUCACCUGCACUGUCUAUGGCAUUCCAGCACCAGAAAAGAUCCAGUGGCAAUGGAGGCCUUGGACACCCUGCCGGAUGUUCCCCCGGCACAGUCUUAGCCGUCGGAGGGCUGUACGACGGCAUCAGCGGGACCGGAUGCCCGAGUGUAAGGACUGGAAGGAUGUGUCGCAGCUGGAUGCUGUGAACCCCAUUGAGAGCAUUGACACCUGGACAGAGUUUGUGGAAGGAAGGAACAAGACGGUCAGCAAUUUGAUCAUCCAAGAAGCCAACGUUUCUGUCAUGUACAAGUGUGUAGCCUCCAACAAAGUUGGUCGUGAUGAACGGCUGAUCUAUUUCUAUGUAACUACCAUCCCAAAUGGGUUUGAAAUUGAGUCACAGCCUUCAGAGGAGCCCAUUGAGGGACAAGACCUGAGGCUAAGCUGCAAUGCUGAUAAUUAUACCUACGAGAACCUACAGUGGUACCGGCUUAAUCUCUCCACACUGCAUGAUGAAGAGGGAAACCCCCUGGUCCUGGAUUGCAAAAAUGUCCACCACUAUGCCACUAAGAUGCAAGGCGAGCUGCAUUUCAAACCCAACUCCAAUUAUGCUGCUUUGACACUUACCAUCCCAAAUAUCUCACUAGAAGAUGAAGGAGACUACGUGUGUGAAGUGCAAAACAGGGAGAACAGCGAGAAACACUGCCACAAAAGAUACAUCUCUGUGCAUGCUCUAGAAGUCCCCAGGUUGAAGCAGAACCUGUCAAACAUCUUGGUGAACGUGAGCGAUUCCAUAGAGAUGCGCUGCAAAGUGGACGGAACAUACGUUCCGAACAUCAACUGGUACAAGGAUGAGAAGCUUGUAGAAGAGGUCUCAGGGAUUGACCUGGCAGAUUCCAAUCAGAGGCUGAGUAUCCAGAGGGUGAGAGAAGAGGAUGCUGGGCUUUACCUGUGUAGCGUCUGCAAUGCCAAGGGUUGUGUGAACUCCUCCGCCAGUGUCUCUGUAGAAGGCUCAGAUGACAGGACCAAUGUGGAGAUUGUGAUCUUAAUUGGGACAGGUGUCAUUGCCAUCUUCUUCUGGAUUCUCUUGAUCCUCAUCUUCUGUAACAUUAAGAGACCUGCUCAUGCUGACAUCAAGACUGGGUACCUUUCUAUUAUCAUGGACCCAGGUGAAGUUCCCUUGGAAGACCAAUGUGAAUACCUGCCCUACGACUCGAGCAAAUGGGAAUUCCCUCGCGAACGGCUUCGACUAGGUAAAGUCCUGGGUCAUGGGGCCUUUGGAAAAGUGAUGGAAGCCUCUGCAUUUGGAAUUAAUAAGAGCAACAGCUGUGAGACCGUGGCAGUUAAAAUGCUCAAAGAGGGAGCUACUGCAAGUGAGCACAAGGCACUCAUGUCAGAGUUGAAGAUCCUCAUCCACAUUGGAAACCAUCUGAACGUGGUUAACCUGCUGGGUGCCUGCACCAAACCCAAUGGUCCCCUCAUGGUUAUUGUUGAAUUCUGCAAAUAUGGGAACCUCUCCAAUUACCUGCGGACCAAACGGGAAGGAUUCAGUCCUUACAGGGAAAAAUCCCCUAGGUUGCGCAUCCAAGUUCGUUCCAUCGUGGAAGCUGUCCGAGCAGACAGGAGGAGCCGGUCUUGUACCAGCGACAGUGCAAUUCUUAAUAGACUUCUGAUGCACAAGAGCCAGACAGCAGCACCACCGCCACCUCUUAUACAAGAAGUGGAUGAUUUGUGGCAAAGCCCUCUGACGAUGGAAGAUCUGAUCUGCUACAGCUUCCAGGUGGCCCGUGGCAUGGAGUUUCUAGCUUCCAGAAAGUGCAUCCACAGAGACCUGGCAGCUCGCAACAUCUUACUGUCAGAAAACAAUGUGGUGAAGAUCUGUGAUUUUGGCUUGGCUCGGGAUAUCUACAAGGAUCCUGACUACGUCAGGAAGGGCAGUGCCCGCCUCCCACUAAAGUGGAUGGCCCCAGAAAGCAUCUUUGACAAAGUCUACACCACCCAGAGUGAUGUCUGGUCAUUUGGAGUCCUCCUGUGGGAAAUAUUCUCUCUAGGUGCUUCCCCAUACCCUGGUGUCCAGAUCAAUGAGGAAUUUUGCCAGAGACUGAAAGAUGGCACCAGGAUGAGAGCUCCAGAAUAUGCCACUGCAGAAAUUUACCGUAUAAUGCUGAGUUGUUGGUAUGGCGAUCCCAAGGAGAGACCAACAUUCUCGGACUUGGUGGAGAUCCUGGGGGACCUUCUUCAGGAGAAUGUCCAGCACGAGGGGAAGGAUUACAUCCCACUGAAUGACUCUCAGAGCUCUGAAGACGACGGCUUCUCCCAGGUGGCCUCUUCUGUCCAGCAGAACUCUGAUGAAGAGGAAUUUGAUGUGAGGAUACACUGCCACAAUAUAGCAGCACGAUACUACAACUGCGUGUCUUUCCCUGGCUGUUUGACUGGUGGGAAUCAGAUCAGGUGUCCAUCCAGAAUAAAGACUUUUGAAGAAUUUCCUAUGACACAAACCAUGUAUAAAGCACAUCCGGAUAAUCAGACAGACAGUGGGAUGGUUCUGGCGUCUGAGGAGUUUGAGAGGAUAGAAAAUAGACACAGAAAAGAAGGUGCAUUCAGCAGUAAAGGAUCCAGUCGAAAGGCAGACUCCGUAGCGGAUCACUCAGAUCUGAGGGCCAGGUGUCGGCCAUCCUAUCACUCCCAGCUCCGAGGCCAGACUUUUUACAACAGUGAAUACGGGGAACUGUCGGAACAGUCGGAGGAAGGCAGCUGCACUCCACCCACCGAGGGCGCCAGCCCCUCCCUCCUUCAUGCCUCGUUCUUUUCAGAUCAGUACUGAAAGGGAGGGCAGGUUGUGGAGACACCACACCGAGAAGCACCCUUCUCCCUUUGUGCAGCAUUGUCCCAGUUCAGUGGAGCCCACAUAACCUUCAUCCUAGAAGACAACCACGCUAGGGAGCCCCUACGGAGCAGAUGGAGAACUCCUUGUAUUAAAAGACGGGUGCCGAGCAUUUUGACGCAAGACACAAUUCUUGCAUUUGGCAUGAGCACAAAUCCUUGAUCUGAUGCUGGUUGGCGUUGUGGGGGUUGUUUUUUAUUAGAUCUCAGAUGCCAUUCUCUGGGUGAAAUAGAACUGCCCUGUAUGUCUGUGUCGAGAGCUGCAGCCACCACCCAGUAUUCAGCCUCCAUUCAAAUAGUUUGCCGUAAUACGCUUUAUUUCAGGUCAGAUAAAAAUAGAUGUGUCUUAGCUGAGUUUCUUCCUAAUAUGCAGCUUUAUUUGUUUCUGCUCUCAUUUCAACUCAACUAGGAAAAAAAGGGAAUCCAAUGGAUGGAUUUGGGCAACGGAAGAGCAGCAGUAUUUCCACACUUGGGAGCCCUGCUUCACUUGACAUAGACAUUUCCUGCAGGCACAUCAGUACACAUCAAUAUAUUACAUGCUUAAUUCUUGUAUGGUCUCACAUGUUUCAUUUUUGUUAGACACCAAGAUAAUCCCAGCCUUCUAUAGCUUUUAUGCACCAUUAUUUUUCACACAGCUGUGCUGACAUCACUCGCUGCUCCAGGACAAAAAAGAGCCACUUCAUCUGUGUUGUUAGAGAAUCUGACAGUAACUAAUUGUAACAGGGAGAGGUAGAGAAGUAUGUGACUUCUAAGGGUAUCAUCAGACAAGUGUUUUAUUGCAUGCUCGUUGCUGGGCACUCAUGGAUUUUCAUGGCUCCUAUUCAUGACAUCGUCUGCAUCCCACCGCGUCCUGCCCCUUCUAGCCUUCUUUACAUGACAAAAAGAGACCCUAGUAAAUCCAAAUUAUUUUUGAGAUGAAACUUGCCGCUAUCUCCUGCUGUGUGCAGGAGA